GCGUCGUUAGAGUAGGUGUGUGUCUCAUUUAUGGCCAUGGCGAAUUCAGCCGAGGAACUUGUUUUUAAUCCACCGGAGUUGGUGGCUAAAAAUGCUCACUGUUCUUCCAUGGAGCAGUACAGAGAAAUGCACAAAGAGUCCAUUAAAGAUCCUGAAGCUUUUUGGAGUAAAAUUGCGAAAGAAUUUCACUUUGAGAAUAACAGUGUAGGAAAGUUUUUUGAGUACAAUUUUGACAUAACCAAAGGACCGAUUUUCAUACAAUGGAUGAAGGGAUCACGUACUAAUAUUUGUUACAACUGCCUUGACCGGCACGUUCUUGCAGGGAAAGGCGACGCAAUCGCUUUCUAUUGGGAAGGUAAUGACCCUGCAGACCGCAACAGCGUGACGUACGCAGAGCUGCUGAGCGAGGUAUGUCAGGUCGCAAACUUCCUGAAGAGCCGCGGCGUGGCAGCGGGCGACCGCGUCGCCAUAUACAUGCCCAUGAUCAAGGAGCUCGUGGUCGCCAUGCUCGCCGUCGCCAGGAUUGGUGCCGUACACAACAUCGUCUUCGGCGGGUACUCCGCUGACAGUUUGUGCGACCGCAUCGUGGACGCGGGGGCCGAGGUGCUGCUUUGCGCCGACGGUGUCUGGCGCGGCAACAAGCUUGUCCAUCUCAAAGAGAUCGCCGACGAAGCCAUGAAGAUGUGCAGCAGCCGCGGCGUGGAGGUGCGUCUGAAUGUUGUGGUGCGACACAUGACGCGCGUCACCCACCCUGCGUCGCUGCACGACACUUCCAACGGUCAUCCCGCCAAGAAAACCCACUUCGAUCACCAGGGGCGCUACAAGGUGACUUGGAAUAGCGAUGUGGACGUGGACUGGGAGACCGCGACGUCCUCCAGCAGCAGCGAGUGCCCCGUCGUGUGGCUGGACUCAGAGGACCCAUUGUUCAUGCUCUACACCAGCGGCAGCACCGGCAAGCCUAAGGGCGUCUUGCACACUGUGGGGGGCUACAUGCUCUACGCCGCUACCACCUUCAAGUACUCUUUCAAUUACCAUCCUGGCGACGUGUACUUCUGUACGGCUGAUAUUGGCUGGAUUACAGGACACUCUUAUGUCACAUACGGACCUCUACUUAACGGCGCUACCUCUGUACUUUUCGAAGGCGUGCCGACGUAUCCCCACACCGGCCGCUUCUGGGAGAUCAUCGAGCGCUACAAAGUGAGCAAGUUCUACACAGCGCCCACCGCCAUCAGGACGCUCAUGAAGUAUGGCGACGAGCCUGUCAAAAAGUUCGACGUUUCGUCACUGCGCGUGCUUGGGACGGUGGGUGAACCCAUUAACCCCGAGGCUUGGUUGUGGUACCACCGCGUGGUGGGCGGCGGUAACGCGGCCAUCGUGGACACCUUCUGGCAGACCGAGACCGGGGGACACGUGAUCACCCCCCUGCCGGGGGCAACCCCCACCAAGCCAGGCUCAGCGUGUUUCCCGUUCUUCGGGAUCUCGGUGUGUCUGCUGGACGAGGCUGGUGAGGAGAUCGAGGGCGAGGGUGAAGGCUACCUCGUGUUCCGGCAGCCGUGGCCUGGCAUGAUGCGCUCUGUCUAUAACAACCACCAGCGCUUCCAGGAGACCUACUUCCAGAAGUUCCCUGGCUUCUACACUACCGGUGAUGGUGCACGUCGUGACAAGGACGGCUACAUUUGGGUGACGGGCCGCAUAGACGACAUGCUUAACGUCUCCGGCCAUCUUCUUUCCACCGCUCAGGUGGAAAGUGCACUUGUUGAAGUAGAGCAAGUUGCCGAGGCAGCAGCAGUAGCGAGACCACAUCCCGUCAAAGGAGAAUGCCUUUAUUGCUUCGUCACUCUUAAACAAGGAGAGAAGUUCACCGAAGAACUCGUCGCCGACAUGAAGAACAAGGUUCGAAGCAAGAUCGGCCCCUUCGCUCAACCUGACUACUUGCAGCUGGCACCAGGAUUGCCCAAGACUCGCUCAGGCAAAAUAAUGCGGAGGGUGCUCCGCAAAAUCGCCGUUGGCGAUCGUGAUUUUGGUGAUAUAACAACUCUUGCCGACCCAACGGUGGUGGAGCUUCUUUUUGAGAAUCGUCCUGCCAACGCUUAGACGUGCGUUUCAAUAAUGAACAGCAACCACUCUUGAUGAAAAGAGUUGAAGGAGCUGAAUGGUUGUGCAUUUGACAAUUUUGUUAACUCGCCAUGCUUUUAUUUUAGCAUCGAUGUGAAGUACUGUGUAAUACUGCCGAGCGCGACGAUCGUCUUAGCUGGCUUCUUAAGUAUGGUGAAUUUGAUAGCCAGAACGGCUGGUUACAAGAUAGUUAUGAGAUUUGCUCCGUAUAUUUUGGACCACUAGAAAAACGUUAAGAAUUUUAUUUUUUCAACAAUACCUUGACUUUCCAUAAGGAUUUGCCUUUAUUUUUGACAAACGAUUGACGAAACUUUGAUUUUACCUUCUUAGCCUUAUUUGUUCACUUAAUAGUGAACUUAACUGAAGUUAAUACUCUAUUAACUCGGUAGAGAUGAUUUAGUAUGACGGUCUGUUGCUUAUUGUCUGCGAGUGACAUGUACGAAAUUCCUUGUAUAAAAUAUAUCAUUAUAAAAUGAUUUCUUUGCUUAUCAGAAGCUGAUUUUAAACGCUUAGUUGAUGUUUAAAAAACUGUUAUAAUAUUGAUAAAAAAUAUUUUGCUUAGUUUUGAUGUCUUUUGUAGAAUUUUCGUUCGUUUCUUACAUACUUUUCUCGUAGAUGAGGAAGAAUUGUUAACUUUUAAUCGUUUAGGUAGGUCACGGACAAUUACCGUAGCCCGCAGACAAGUACCGUAAGCUGCGGAUAAGUGCCGUUUCUUCGCGUAGGUUUGCACGGGGCAGUGACCGUAGUCAUGUCGCUCCCCGAGAUUUUCUGCACGUUGAUGUCAAGCGCACUUCGUUGUUGUAUUCAAUGCACAACUGUUGCUGUGAUGUGUACUUUGAAAUGCCACACAAUUCCCCUACCUGUUCAUAUUUCUCUAGUAUUGACUUAUUGUACAUUAAAUUUCCGUCACCUCGUUCCCUUGUGUCCUGAAAGCUUGUUAUUUAUGGACAAAUUAUUUAUUUUAAUAGAGUUUCUGUAUACAUUGGAAGUAAUUCCCUUAAGGUCAGAAUGCACGCUUUGGAAAUACCUGGUGACAGAUGGAAUUUGUUCAGACUCGACUGGUGCUCGUAAUGCUUGUCUUGGUGAAUGGCGUGUAUGAUGUCAGUUCAAUGUAUGGCUCCUUAUGGAGCGCCAGAUGAAUAUUUUAUUGAUGCUCCGUCAUCGUGUUCGUGCUGAUGUUGUCCAAUUAUACACGUAUGAUCAACAA